AUGGGUUACACAUUGAUGAAGACUACAUUUAACUACUAUCACAGAGAAAUCAGAAGAACAGACAUUGAGGCUUCAAAUUGGAUAGACAACAUACCUAGGGAGAAGUGGGCUAGAGCAUUUGACGAAGGGCAACGUUGGGGACAUAUGACAUCUAACUUAGCAGAGGCCAAGGCAACCAGAAACCUUCCAAUCACUACUUUGGUCCAGUCUACAUACUAUUGA